UCGGCUGUCUCAACACCACAACCGCGCGCCGCGCCACCACACCCGCAGAUCCCCGCCGUCGUAAAUCUACUUACGUGCUUUGAUUGGAGGGUCGCGGUGCGGGGGAGGAAGAUGACGGUGGGAGCCGGGAUCGCGGUCCAGGAAGACGGCAGCCUGGCGGCGCUGGGGGCCACGGUCCUGACGGAGGUGCGCGACAAUGUGCUCGUCACGCCGGCCGCCGGGGGCGGCAUGCUCAACGGCGCGUUCCUCGGCGUCCGGUCGGCCCCCGCCGCCAGCCGCAGCGUCUUCCCCGUCGGCAAGCUCAGGGACCUGCGAUUCAUGUGCACGUUCAGGUUCAAGAUGUGGUGGAUGACACAGAGGAUGGGCUCGUCGGGCCGCGACAUCCCCGCCGAGACGCAGUUCCUGAUCGUCGAGGCCGCCGACGGCGCCGGAGACGAGCAAUCCGCGGUGUACACCGUCUUCCUCCCGAUCCUGGAGGGCUCAUUCCGAGCUGUACUCCAGGGGAACGAAAAUAAUGAGCUGGAAAUUUGCUUGGAGAGUGGUGAUCCAGCCGUAGAAUCAUUUGAAGGCACCCAUCUAGUUUUCGUCGGUGUGGGAUCAGAUCCGUUUGAGGUCAUCACAAAUGCUGUCAAAGCAGUUGAGAGGCACCUGCAGACAUUCUCUCACAGGGAAAAAAAGAAGAUGCCAGACAUGCUAAACUGGUUUGGCUGGUGCACAUGGGAUGCAUUUUACACUGAUGUUACCGCUGAAGGAGUGAAGGAAGGACUAAGGAGUUUUGAAAAAGGUGGAACAGCUCCAAAGUUUGUCAUAAUCGAUGAUGGGUGGCAAUCGGUCAGUAUGGACCCUGCUGGAAGUGCAUUCGUAUCUGAUAAUGCAGCCAACUUCGCAAACAGAUUAUAUGAUAUCAAGGAGAACCACAAAUUUCAGAAAAAUGGGAGGAAGGGUCACAGGGAAGAAGAUCCAGCAAAUGGCCUCGCGCAUAUUGUCAGUGAAAUUAAGGGGAAACAUGAGCUGAAGUACGUUUAUGUAUGGCAUGCGAUUACCGGGUAUUGGGGUGGCGUAAGGCCUGGUGCCGACGGGAUGGAGCAUUACCAAUCAAAGAUGCAAUACCCUGUGCCAUCACCAGGAGUCCAGAAGAACGAACCCUGCGAGGCCUUCAACAGCAUAGCAGAUAACGGCCUUGGCCUUGUGGACCCUGACAAAGCAUUCAGCUUCUACAAUGAGCUCCAUUCAUAUCUUGCAUCUGCCGGGGUCGACGGCGUGAAAGUAGACGUGCAGAACAUUCUCGAGGCGCUAGGCGGUGGCCAUGGUGGGAGAGUGUGUCUGUCUAGGAAGUACCAGCAGGCUCUAGAAGCUUCCAUCACACGGAAUUUCCACGAUAACGGUAUAAUAUGUUGCAUGAGCCACAACACUGAUAACUUAUACAGUUCAAAAAGAAACGCGGUUGUGAGAGCCUCUGAUGAUUUCUGGCCUAGAGACCCAGCUUCACAUACCAUACACAUCGCUUCUGUCGCGUACAAUACUGUUUUUCUUGGAGAGUUCAUGCAGCCGGACUGGGACAUGUUCCAUAGCGUUCACCCAAUGGCGGAAUAUCACGCUGCGGCGCGGGCAGUCGGCGGUUGCGCUAUAUACGUGAGUGACAAACCCGGAAACCAUGACUUCGAUCUGCUGAGGAAGCUUGUGCUUCCUGAUGGAUCGAUCCUGCGAGCCAAACUCCCCGGGAGACCGACCGGGGACUGCCUCUUCUCUGAUCCCGCAAGGGACGGCAAAAGCAUUCUCAAGAUCUGGAACCUGAACGCGCACUCCGGCGUGAUCGGCGCCUUCAACUGCCAAGGCGCCGGCUGGUGCCGAGAAGGGAAGAAGAACGUCAUCCACGACGUGCAGCCCGGGACCAUCACCGGGGCCGUCCGGGGACGGGACGUCAGCCGCCUUCUGGAGGUCGCCGGCGAUGGCUGGAACGGCGACGUGGUCGUGUACUCGCACGUCGCAGGGGAGGUGACCGUCCUGCCGAAGGACGCGGCGCUGCCGGUCACGCUGAAGCCGCGCGAGUACGAGGUGUUCACCGUGGUGCCGCUGAAGCGGCUGCCGAACGGCGCCUCCUUCGCGCCCAUCGGCCUGAUCGGGAUGUUCAACUCCGGCGGGGCGGUGACGGAGGUGAGGCACGGCGGCGACGCCGGCGUGGAGGUGAAGGUGCGGGGCGCGGGCACGGUUGGAGCCUACUCCUCGGCGAGGCCGAAGCGCGUGGCUGUGGAUUCGGAGGCGGUUGGUUUCUCCUACAACGACGGCUCCGGCCUGGCCACGUUCGAGGUCGGCGUGCCGGAGCGGGAGCUCUACUCGUGGACGGUCUCGAUAGAGUACUGAGACGAGAUCGUCUGCUCGGGUGACAGUAAGUUCAGACGAGGGUGUUUCUCGUUGCACAGAUCGAAUGAAGGUUUCUGAAAGGGCGCCGAAGCCGCGCCUGGGGAAGCUGCGAUGUUUGUUCUUGCAGACGUCACGUUGCCGCUAGUUUGUGUUGCCUGUGAUUUAUUAUUUGCGCUGAAGAGUACAUGUGCUUGACCUGUAUUCCCUGAUGGAAGCUAAAAAUUGUAUUGUGAUUUCUGAACACCAACCAUUUUAGUGCAGAAAGUUUUUCCUUUUUCUCUUA